UAACCCCUCCCUUAUACCCACUCCGAGCCUCCUAUCACCCGCGGCUUGUGUUCUUGUUUUCUUAUUGGAUCAUCGAUCAAUCAACCUGUCUGCCAUUGAAAGAGCCCUCCCACAAUGUUCAACCUUAAAAGGUGCCAACCCUGACGAGAAAUUUCAGGCACAGCCGUAGACAAACCUGCGCGUGUCUCACUUGCAAAAUUUGCCGCUUGCGUGUUCAAAUCGUUACGUCUGCGACUUACUAAAAGACUGCACCGCGGAUCUCUCCCCGCGCAUCGGACACUCGGUUAAUAUUAUAGGUCAAAAUCGAUUCGCUAAAAACAUACCCUUGCAAAUUGUAGCUUAACCGUAAUCACCACAAAGCAGAUCUUAUUAGGAUGGCGUACUACAGCUCCAGUUCACGCUCAGUCAGCGGAGGAGGUGGAGGGGGAAUUUUCCUGGGUCGCAGCGGAGCGGCCAGCGUCUAUGGUGGCAGUAGCUGCCGGGUUUCUUCGGCCAGCUUUGGUCGGAGCAACUCCGCGGGAUGCGGUGGAGGCGCGUGGGGGAGCUCACAGUUCAAGAUGAUCGUGGGGGGACAAAGCGGUGCGAGUGAAAAGGUGGAGAUGCAAGGCCUGAACGAGCGUCUUGCCGAAUACCUGGACAAAGUUAAAUUCCUGGAAUCGGCAAACCAGGCCAUAGAGCUCAAAAUCAAAGAGAUGCUGCAAGGCAAAGGGUCCAUCGCAAAGGACUACAGUGUUUACUAUUCCACUAUCGAGGACCUGCGGGAAAAGAUCUUUGUCCAAAUAUUGGAGAAUGCAAAAAUCAGCCUGGAGAUAGACAACGCAAGAUUGGCCGCAGAUGACUUCCGCAGCAAGUGGGAGACGGAGGCGGCACUGCGCAUGUCGGUGGAGGCGGACAUCGGGAACCUGAGGGGCCUCCUGGACGAGUACGGGAUGGCGUGCAUGGGCCUGGAGGGCGACAUCGAGGCCAUGAGAGAGGAGCUGAUCUUCAUGAAAAAGAACCAUGAAGACGAGCUGGCCGCUCUCAGGGCCCAGCUGUCCGGCGCCAACAUGUCGGUGGAGGUUGACAGCACCAGGGGCCAGGACCUCCACAAGAUCUUGGACGACAUGCGUGCGCAGUAUGAGGGCAUAAUCGCCGUGAACCGCGCCAACGCAGAGAUGGCCUUCAACAAACAGGCGGAAAUUGCCAUGGUGCAAGGUGCACAGCAGAGUCAAGCUGCAUCGGCGGCCCAGAGCGAGGUGUCGGAGACGCGGCACGCCAUGCAGAGCCUCGCGGCCGAACUCGAGUCACUGCGAGCCCUCAUUCGCUCUCUGGAAGAUCAGCUGUACGAUACGGAGGACCGCAAAGCCCGCGAGCUGGCAUCCUACACCGUGCAUAUCCAGAUGCUGGAGGGAGAGCUGGGUUCGGUGCGAAUGGGCAUCAACCAACAGCUGAAGGACUACGCAGAGCUGCUCAACAUGAAGAUGAAGCUUGAGCAGGAGAUUAGCACCUACAGGAGGCUUCUGGAGGGAGAAGACAGCCGGCUGAGGAAUAUCUCCUCGGAAUCUUCGCACUCGAUGCAGUCGUGUUUCAGCUUUGGCGCUGGUUCCAAAGGAGAGAGCAGCUCCAGCUACCAAAGUUCAAGUACCACCGGGUCCGGCUCUGGCUCUGGGGCUGCUUCAUCUUCCGUUUCCUCUGCCACAAAGAGCACAGGAGGAGCCAGCACUGCUGUGACGUCCAGCACCACCAAGAACUCCAGCUACCAAAGUUCAAGUACCACCGGGUCCGGCUCUGGCUCUGGGGCUGCUUCAUCUUCCAUUUCCUCUGCCACAAAGAGCGCAGGAGGAUCCAGCACCACAGGAGGAGCCAGCACUGCCAUGACAUCCAGCACCACCAAGACCACCAGCCAGACCAGUUCGCUUUCAAGUGACGGCGCCUUUGGUGCCGCUUCUAAUUCCGUUGUCGUAGACAACGACGCGUCGAGCUCGAGCUCCAGCUCCACGACCAUAACCAACUCCUCCACCACCAAGGAAGUCGUGAUUGAACCAGAACCCAAACGAGAGGAAGUCAAGACGACGAAAACCGUAAUCAUCACUCAGACCAUCGUGGAUGGGCAAGUGGUGGAGUCAACGGAGGAAGUGGCUGAGAAAACCUUGCCCAACUAACCGAUGCUUAACAUGGCACUUAGAUACUUCACAAAACGUAAUUCCCCAAAACUUUCCAGACCAGCUUACAUGUCUCAAUACCAAGCGGCAUUAAUUUUAUCAGCUAACACGUUGUGAAAAUGUUCAUUGGAUUUGAAAAUGUAAAUCCAAACACACCUGUUUACAUACAGUACUGUAUAUGUGUACGCAUUGAUGUGGGCAUAUAUCUCAGCCAUUUCCAGCAAAUUAAAUACCAAGGACAAGUGUUAACUUCUUAAAAGAGUUCACAUAGCACAUUGGGAAGCUUUAUUGGAUUGAUGUGUUCAAUGAAAGUUGAAUGCGUAUUGCGGUUUACAAAUGGAGGCUCUAUAUCCCUCAUGCUUUUGGCAAAUAAAUACACACGACACAAGUACACAUAAACAAGUAUACACAACACAACUACACAAAACACAACUACACACAACACAACUACACACAACACAAGUGCACAUAACACAAUUACACACAACACAUGUACACACGACACAAGUACACACAACACAAGUACACACAACACAAAUGUUACAAUACAUAAGGAGACAUCGCUUGGUGGUUUUUUUCACAAUGGGCACACGUGUAUGGGAAGCAACAAACGAUAGUUCAUUUUCUGGGUAUUUGGUACUGAUCUACAUGUUGUGCACUUCUGCUUGCUUUCCCUAAUAAACAUGUUGGUAAUCGA